UUGGAGGCAGCUGACGCUCACACAAUUUUGGAUAUAAAACCCACCAGCAAGCUUCAUUCAAAUGACAUUUCAAAAAAAUAUAUUAGCCAUCUCAUUCCAGUGGAAAUAUAAUUCUACUUCUUCUUUUUGAAUUGGACAUUUAUGAUUUUUACAGCACUUUAGUCACAUUUUGUGUCAUAAUUACUUUUUAUUUUCAUUGGUGACAAAAUUUUUCCGUUUUUUUUUUUUUUUUUUGUGGGGGAACAAACCUACUGUGGAUUUUAACUUCGUAAACAGUCAAGAGAAACCAACCUCCAUCCUUUUGUCAAUCCGCAAGUCCAGGUAAUAAGACCUGUGAGCUCUGACCAACAACGAAGAAGAAGAAGAGGAGGAGCGGCCAUCCCUUAUUCUUCAUGGGUUGAGACACAUAAUGUUGAACAAUCUCCAUCUUGCAUCACAAUGCAUCGGCCAGAAGAUUGAAAGAUAACAAAAGACAAAGGAGGAAAUAGUGGCCUGAAAACCAACAGGGACUAUGCAGCUGAGUCUGGUGGCGCUGGCAAUGGUCUUUUUCAGCACCAUGAGUGACAGCUACGUUGGCAAGUCUUCAAAGACCAGAAAGCAGAGAUGGGUGAGCAGCGAAGGCACGCUGUCGUGCCCCAAAGGCUGCGAGCGAUGCUCAGAGGACAAUGGUUGCACCAAGUGCAAGGCCAAACUCUUCAUCUACUUGGAGCGUAAUGACAUUCGUCAAGUGGGCGUGUGCCUGGCAUCCUGCCCUAUGGGAUACUUCGGCAUGAGGAACCCGGAAGGCAACAACAGAUGUACCCAAUGUAAAAUAGACAACUGUGAUGCGUGUUUCUACCGCAACUUUUGCACUAAAUGCAAGGAGGGCUUGUAUUCACACAGCGGACGAUGCUACGUCAGCUGCCCUCCCGGCAAGCACACUGCCAACGACACAAUGGAGUGUAUAGAGUGUCAACUGUCCGAGUGGACCCAGUGGAGUCCCUGCGUGAAGAGGAACAAGACGUGCGGAUUCAAAAAGGGUUCGCAAUCUCGGGUCCGACUACCAUUGCGGCACCCCCGUAGUCGGGGAACACCCUUGGCCACAGGACCCUCACAGUGCGCACCGCAGACUGAAAGGAGAAAAUGCGUCGUAGAUAAGACGCCCUGCUUAAGAGAGAAGAAAUCCAAACGGGGCCAGCUGGAAAACUCGAAAGGCGUUAAAGACAGUGAUCGGGGAGGUGGCGGAAGAAGGCGAAAAGGCCAAAGCAGGACCACCGUCGUCCCUAAUGUCACGAGCAGCUCGGUGACGGCCUGAAACAGGAAAAAUGUGACAAGAUGAGGUCAAUCUUGAUGAGUAAAAUAUUACAUUUGACUGCUACAAGAUUCUGACUCGUCAUUAAAAUAUGCGAAAUCUGCUCGCUUGCAUUGUCAGAGGUGAUGGAUGGAUUGUCUUCUCUUAAAAUGGCGAUGAAAAGAUCCCUGAAGUGACUCUUUUGGAGCAAAUCCAAUACAAACACACAGUGCGAGCCACUGAACAAGAACUAUGUAAUAUGCUGCUUUUAUGUUGUUGUUUUUUUUGCAACAGGGUUCUGACGUUUUUGCACAAUUGUGAUUUUUUUUUUAAUGUAAACAUUUAUACAUGACAUUCUCAUGCAUCUGUUGCGUUACAUGACCAUACAUAAGUCUUUGUAAUGUUAUAUCUAUCAUUUAAAACUCAAAUAAAAUAUAAUAAGGUUUGGUUAAUGUCCCUCGCUGAUCUCCUCGAGAAGACAAUAUGCAUUCAGCUCGUUAAAAUUUAAAUGGUGGCACACUAAUCGCCCAUUCUAAGCAUGAUUAUGUUCCUCAAUAAAGAAAAUUUAAAACAUCAUUACAGUACUUGGUUUAGUUGAGCUAAUCAUCACCCCUGAUACACAAUAUGUAUUUGGUCACUACUGAUGCAAAUUAAACUUGGAUUGUGCUGCCCCCUUUUGUACACACUCAGCUGUGCAGUUUUAGAAACUAUCAAAAAUUUUUUUUCAGAUGUUCAAACAACCGAACCUAAGAUGCUAAUAUAAUGCACAACGAGUCAGUUGUCAAAUUAAUUAUUUUAAAAAGAACAGGACAAAUGUGUGCAGCAUUGUAUGUGUAUUUAAGGUAUUUCACCAGAAGUGGGUGCUAUACAUACAUUACAUACAAUCAUUAUUGAUCAGAAAAAGCCAUCACAAUUUUAAUGAUGACAGAUAUUAAUUAAAGAUUAGACAGUACAUACUGGACUUUUAUGCAGUUUAUAGAAGAGUGCACAAUAAGCCACCACAUCG